CAUUGCUAGUGACGUCCCCAUAUUGAUUGCUUGUUGACGUUCGCCUGGCCUGUAAAAGUCAUGUAGGUGCGCUUAUCAGUGAGGAAAAAAGAGAAACAACAAAAUAAAUACUCGCAAAAGCCGCAGUGCAUUAGAUGUGAAAUUUCUGAAUGAAUUGAAUAGAAAAGUUAUCCGCAAAACAUCUGUUAUGGCCGUUUAAUCAAGAGUGACCCAAAAUGAUGGCAGCUACCUAAGGUGGAACACAGGUUUUAGAUAAUGAACGGUUUUAGUACUGGAGAGGAAGAUUCACGAGGUCCCACGGACCAGAUUUGCUGUCUUAUUGAUGCAGGGGAGAGGUGCGUUAAAUCUGCCGGCAACGCUUCUUAUAGUAAAAGAAUACAGAAGACCGUGACCCAGAGGAAACUCAAUCUGUUGUUGGAUAACGCUGCAAGACAUAUUUAUAUUUGUGAUUUUCACAAGAUGAUCAUUCAGUGUGCGAGGACGAAACGCCGAAGGAAAGAGUCUGAAGAGGACAGCAAUGAAACUGACACGGAUAUCCCUGAGGUGGAUCUUUACCAUCUGCAGGUGAAUACCUUAAGGAGGUACAAAAGACAUUAUAAGGUACCUACUAGGCCUGGUCUGAAUAAGGCGCAGCUUGCCGAUAAUCUUAUGAAACACUUUAAAACCAUACCGGUCAAGGAAACCGAUGUGGUCACCUUCUUUAUCUACACGGUCAAAACAAACGGCAAUAAGCUGGAUCAGAAGAAUGGUUUAAACAAUAGCGACACAACCUAGAGAUGGAUAUUUAAUGUUUGUAAUAAGUUUUAGAAUAAAGCUUUUUUUCUUGAAAGUGCAAAUUGUACGAGCACCUAUUGUUCAUGACAGAAAUUUUUUUGAAGUUGUAGAAAAUGUUUUUGUGGUACAUUUUUAGAAAAUAUUAUCUUCUAUUUUACACUCUGAUAUGAUUUUCUUAUGCAAAACAUGAUGCAUCAAAAUGCUAAAAUAAAACAGUCUAGAAUCUAAUUAUUGUAAUGUCGUAGCUUUAAUUUAAGAACUAUAAAUGGAUGCAAUUCAAAUAAAAUUAUUUUUAUAAUUUAUAGAAUUAGUAAUAAAAAUGUGGUUUUGCAACUAAAUAAAAUCAGUGUCACGUUGAA